AUGGAGAAAUAUCAAAAGUUAGAAAAGGUAGGAGAAGGAACUUAUGGAGUAGUAUAUAAAGCGCAGGAUACCCAAGGAAGAAUUGUAGCAUUAAAAAGGAUUCGUUUAGAAGCAGAGGAUGAAGGAAUUCCUUCGACAGCUAUUCGAGAGAUCUCUCUAUUAAAGGAGCUUCAUCAUCCUAAUAUAGUGAGAUUAUGUGAUGUGAUGCAUUCUGAAAGACGAUUAACUUUGGUAUUUGAAUUUAUGGAGAAAGAUCUGAAGAAGAUCUUAGAUGCAAAUUCUCAUGGUUUGGAACCAAAGCUAGUUCAAUCAUACUUAUAUCAACUUUUAAGGGGUGCAGCUCAUUGCCAUCAACAUAGGAUAUUACAUAGAGAUCUCAAACCUCAAAACUUACUUAUUAAUAAUGAUGGUGCUCUUAAACUAGCUGAUUUUGGUUUAGCAAGAGCUUUUGGGAUACCAGUAAGAAGUUAUACUCAUGAAGUUGUAACUCUAUGGUAUAGAGCUCCAGAUGUAUUAAUGGGGAGUAAAAAAUAUUCUACUUCAGUAGAUAUAUGGAGUAUAGGGUGUAUUUUUGCAGAGAUGUCUAAUGGGAAGCCUCUUUUUCCAGGGACUUCGGAUGAAGAUCAACUUUUAAAGAUUUUCUCUGUUUUAGGGACCCCAAAUCCAACAAUCUGGCCUCAGGUUCAGGAGUUACCACUCUGGAAACAAAGGACAUUCCAAACAUUUGAAGCUAAACAGUGGAGUUCUGUUGUCCCAAAUUUGGAUUCUGCAGGUAUUGAUCUACUAAGUAAAAUGCUUAUGUUUGAUCCAAAUAAACGAAUAACAGCACAAGACGCUAUGCAGCAUACGUACUUUAAUACAUUACAUUCCUCUGUUAAGAAUAUGGGAUAA